AUGUUCUUGCUCCGUGUGGCGCACAAUGCGUCGCGUCCCGUCAAUCGCGUUCCAGUCGAGGUGCUAGCCGAAAUAUUCCUCCGCAACCUGCCGCCCCAGUGCGAACACUUUGGACGAGACGGGGAUAGGGUUCCUGACUCCGAGUACGUGUCGGCAUUGACGCAGGUUUGCAGCUUCUGGCGCCAAGUUGCGCUAGGUACUCCGGCUCUAUGCUCCAUCCUGCCAAUCUCAGAUAAGCCCGAGCUCGCGAUUACGAUGGCCGAGCAGCAUCCUACCAAGCCCUUGCGUAUAUUCUUCUCGAACAAGGGUUAUGUCAAUCUCCCGAAUGCUUCGGCGGUACUCGUAAGAGUGAUUUCGAGACAUGCUGCCCGAAUUUCCGGACUCUGGACCAUCUCAAGUUACAGGCUUCUUGCGACCGCACUGGGUGCACUCCCGGAUACUCUGCCCGCUAUGAAGAGCAUGAGAGUCGAUUUGCAACAGAUGUUCCGUGGCGAUAGGGAUACAUUGACCACGAUUCACUCUCGCCUCCUCAGACUACGAACACCGAUGCUCGAGCAUCUGCACAUAUCCCCCAUCUCAUCCUCUAUUCUAUGGGCGACCCAGCUCAUACGCUCUCCUGGCCUGCGCCACCUGUUUAUUUUGCUGGAAGAACCUACGGACAUCGCUCGAUCGCAUUCUCUCGCGAACAUUCUAGACGUACUCGGAAACCUCACGUCGCUGGAGAGCCUUCAGAUACGACGUUGGCUGGCGCCGAGCGAUCCGCCGACGCUCCUCCCCAACAAGGCGUGUCUUCCUCGUCUGCGCGAGCUCAAACUCGUCGGGUCCUGUAACGGAUGCAUCAAUAUCCUCGGAAACUUGGAGCUCUCGUGGCCGCUUUCGUCGCUGUCCUUGUCCUGCGACGACACGGACGAGGGCGAUAUUCGCGCAGAGGAAGUGUUCCAUGCGCUCGAGUCCCAUGACGAGCUUCCGCCGGAGGUGACGCUGGAGCUUUGGGCGGAGGAUUGCUACAUAGAGGUGCAUUAUGGCCGGCCGGUCCGGCGAGGCGACUCGUACCGCCGUCCGAUCUCACUCGUCUUCCCGGCCGAGAACGAGGACGACCAUGUGCUUGCGAUCGCCGAGCACGUCGUACCGCAUAUCAUUCGCUCGGGCACGACGGCGCUGGCGCUAGAGGGGAGCUACCCUCAAUAUUGGGAUCGGCAUCUGGACCUGCGGGGGAUGUUCGAGCGGUGGUCGACGAUACGCGAGGUCUGCGUCACGUACAUAGAGCCCACCAUCUCGUUCUUGAGGGCGAUCCAAACCGCGGAGAGAGACGGGCACGAUAGGUCUCGUUGGAUCCUUCCCAACCUUGCUUCGUUGGAAGUGUCACAGGCGAGUGACGAAGACCGGAUCGACCCCUCCGCGGAGCACCCGUGGUUUGGCGUGCUCCUGGCCGAAAUGGAGUUGCGGUGCCAGGCGAAGGCGGAGGACGGGGUGCCCGUGUUCCGGUCGCUGACCUUCAGGUGGUGUGACGACAUCCCGAAAGGCGGAUUGGAUGCACUGAGAAAGAUGGUGCCGAGGAUCCGGGUGACGGACGAUGUGGCCGCGCCUCUGCAGUUGGAGGAACAAUCAGUCAAUGUUUUGUUCUAG